ACGGCGCGCUUCCGGCCAGUCACAGCUACCCAGAGGACGGUCCGGGCCACGGGACCGAGCAGCUCCGACGCGGCAGUCCCUACCAUAAGGGUUACUCGUACCGACAUUCUCGGCAGCCAGGUCGCAGGAGGGCCGGAGCGCCAUGGCCUCUCUACUGGUGGUCACCGUGCUGCUGCUGGUGGCCGCGACGCCGGCGCGUAUCAACGGCGAGCUGCCGCUGGCGGCGGAGACGGACUCGCUGCUGCAGGCGGCGGGCCACGGCGCGGCGCCCACGGCUGAGCCGCUCACCAAGAGCAAGACGGUGCGCUGCUUCAAGCAGAACGUGCUGCGCGACGACGGCCGCAACUACGAGGUGGAGCACAUACGCAAGGACGAGGACGUGGUGGAGUCGGUGCAGCGGUCGGGGCGCGACCUGCGUCUCUCUGCUGACGCGGCGGUGCCGCCGGGCUGCGUGGUGGUGACCAGCGUGCGGCAGGACGAGGGUGAUGGCGGCGGCGGCGGCGGGGGCGGGGGCGGCGCGCACCACGACAUGACGCUCGCCCACUUCCCGGAGUACCCGCAGUACGGCGUGGGCGGCGGGGGCGGCGGGCUUCACGUCGGCGACGUGGUGCUGCCGCAGCUGCCCUACCCCGUCCAAGGAGUCUCCCUCAGCGGCGGCGGUGGCUUCGAAUACGGGGGCGGCGGCGGCGGCGCAGGUGGCGGCGGAGGGCAGAUCUCUGACGUGCUGCUGCCGCGGCCUGGAGGCGGAUACGGGUACGGAAGCGGAAGCGGCGGCGGAGUCGACAAUUUCAUCAACUUCAAGGAUGUGAGUGGAGGCAGCUCGGGCUCACCACCGCACCAACAUGGUGGUGCUGGUGCUGAUGGUGGGGGUGGUGGUGGUGGUGGGAACGGCGGCGAGGCCGAGGUGCUUCGCACCUACCAGGUGUCGACCAACCUCCGCCGCCAGGAAUCCUUCGACCACCACGCCUUCGGGGUGGAGAAGGGCGUCAAGCCGACCGGCGGCUUCCACUUCGGUUUCGGCGGCGGCAGCGGCAACAGUAACGGCCUGGGCGCCGGCACCAAGUACGAGACGAGCGCCAACGACCUGGACCAGGUCGUCAGCAGCGGAGCGGCCGUCGCCACCGCGGCCGCCAGCCUGCUCGCCUGCGCCGUGGCCCAGCUACUCGCCCUCUGACGACUUCCCUCUCUCUCCCUCUUCCAUCUCCAAAAUACUGAACAAACUACAGAAUGAAAAAAAUUAGUUUGACAUAGUGUUAAAAACACUUAGACCACAAAGACGCACCAGGCUUCCUACAUCCCAGUUAUCUGUUAUAGAAUUGGUGACAAUCCCACUUGUUAGACCCAUUACGCAGGCAAAUUGCUCGUCGACUCUAGUCGUACAGUCAGCUUAAAUUUUCUUUGCUCUUAUACGCCUCGUGGCAUAGAACUUGCACGGUAAACUUAUGCAGAGAAAGAAGACAGUGUUUUGGAAUAUAAUCUCGAGAUACUAUCCAAGGUACAACGCAGAGAACGGUCACGAGCAAUUCGCCUGAUAGAGGAGUGGCUAAAUUGGAAACAAAUAUCUCAGUUUUUUUUUUUAGACACAGCUUGUAGGACAGUUGAGAUAUCGUACGGUAUGUAUUGCAAGAAAGCUGUCGUUCACGCAAGAGAAAUUAGUCAGUAGCUUACAAAUGUGAAUAACUCUGCUGCCAAAAAUCCUGUACCUCACUUUCUGACCUUAUACUUCUUUACUCGUGAAAGUUUAGAGACUGAGUGCGUGAACGUGAUCACAAAGCGUAAGACAGUUUCUAACCAUCAGAUCAACAUUUGUUUGAGUAAUUUGUUAAUUAAGGUUGUUCUUACUAUCAGAAACAUGCUGUAACUAGACUUUACGUCCUCUGACUCAAAUUCAUCAAUUGUGCCGACUGUCUCUUAGCAUUUAAAGAAUUGUAUGGACAUGAAAUGCACCCCGAUCUUCAACAGCCCUCAUCUGCAGCACAUCUACAUUCCUUCUCGAGGUAGUGAACUACACAAUGUCGAGGAUAAAACGAGCUUCACUUCGUUUCAGUAUCACGUUGAACUACCAAAAGUAUAAAAUUUCGGGAGCUUGGUUUAAGCUUAAUAUCCAAUAGAGGCAAUUUCGACUCACAAUGCGGAACGACAGUAACACAAGUGAACUCGUACAAGUACCCAUUUCAGCGGCAACUUUGCCACUCUCACGAGUUAUGUAUCAGAUACCGAAAUGUAAAAAGGCCGUAUGGGAAGUUGUAAUUAUAGUGAUUGAUAGUAUAUGAAACUUGGUUAUCAAUGAGCAGAAAAUCAGGCGAUUGUAACCACCACUGGUUACAUACGACUGUGUAUAAAAUCUCUAUAUUUACAAACCAUAAAAUACGUUUACAUCAAAUGCAACUUUCCUUGCAGUCGCUAUCGAAGCUUAAGCGAAGUCAGUUGUUAAUACAUGUAGCUCAUUGUAUACCAUUGCUCUCCCGAAAAGGGAGAAUGUAUUUGUGAUAUUGUACCCUUUUGUUUUUCUUUACUGGCAAAUUUUUGUUGCACUCGACAAAUCAGCACGUUUUUCAGUUGUAGGCGUGUUUUUCCAAACUAGCUACUACAAAGAGCGUUAACAAAACACAGUAACUGUACUCCAAAAAACUUUUCUUAUUCUUAAGAAUACUCAGUAGGCCUACAGUUUUCCUAUAGCCACUCCUCAUUGUUAUUUGUUUGUUUCUGAUUUUUAUUUAUUUGUAUAGUUGUUGCUUUUGUAUUGUGUCAGCACGGCGUGGACAGGUGACGGGUCAGCGGCCUUCGUCAUUGACCCGGGAACUGCCCGCCCGUAAUCUGUGUUAUUGCUUUUAUCAUAGAUAAUACACUGCUACCAGUUCUGAAAGUGA